ACCUUGCUUGGGCUUCCUGUGGAAAAGUAAAAUAAUAACACAGGAAUCCCGCGCAGUAGAACCUGCAGAAAAAAAUCCAAGAUGGCGACCUCCAAGUCCAAGAAGAAGGCGAAUACCAAAGCUGUUCUGUCAUCUUUGAUCGAAACGCUAGACCUGUGUGAGAGCAAAGUAAAAGAUGGAAGUCUAGGACAGGUGAUGGAAGACCUGGAAUACAAUUUCUCCAUGGAAGACUUUUGGCUUAAAUUAGGAAUGACAUUCAGGGCAGUGUCUAAAGAAGCGACGAACCUAGCUGUAAUGUUCUUAAAGCCACCAGCUCCAUCUGCYGAGGACCUUGAGGGAAUGUUAACUGGUUUUGAGACAGCUGUCAUUGGUUUGCUUACAGUAUUUCAUUCUUUACCUUUAUCACAAGGGAAAGCUCUUCAUAAAAGAUUGCAAAUAGCCAUUGUCAACAUUGUACAUGAUGCUAAACAUUUUGUAGAUUCUUUAAUGAAAGAAGGUUCUAAAAGUUCGCUGGUAGUCAAUCAUCCAACUGGUGCCAUCUGGGAAAGUUGUGAUGCCUUCCACAGAUUACCUUUAGAUAACAAGUUUGCUGUUUUGGAAGUAUUUAUCACAUCGUCAGCACUUGUUAGAGAUGCAUUAACAGAACUAGACCAGAUUCAGUCCUCCAAUGGACAUCAUAACACAAAUGCCUUACAUGAUGUAGAGGAAGAUGAUACUGUGAAUGAACAUUAAUCAAUUGGCUGAUAUUUUAGUUAACCUGCUUGAAAAAUCAAGAGACUCUCAAUUUACACUAGAAGCUGACAAUUCUUGGUUAGAUUUUCUGAAGAAAGCCGUCGAACACAACAAGACGAAGUUUGUAACAAUUAUUGCACAAGGAUUUGAGUCUUAACUCAAAUUAGAAAAUAGGGCAAAUUCUUUUAAAUAUGACUUGAAACUAUUUCAAAAACUCAGUGUAAAUAUUCGUAAAAAAUUUUUGGGAAAGAAAGACGCAGGCAGAAUGAUAACUGACGACUGUGCCAACUGUAGUGAAAGUUCGAAAGAAGGCGAAGAAAAACCUUAGGUAUUUUGAGAAAAAUAAACGAAAAGGCGAAAAUAAUCUAUCGAUGAUCAAAUUARUAAAUGUAUCCGUAAUUUUAAAGUAGAUUUGCCGCAAAGAUUUGUUUUUUUUUGAAUAAAAAAUGCUGUCUUAUUCCACUAA